UGUGGUAGCGGAAAAGAUGACCUGAUAACACUUGUGGAGGAAUGUCACUUUUCUUGUGGCAGAAGUGGGUGGGAACAGCCGGGAGUUGAUGGUCUUGAGGCUAAGCUCAGUGGUCUGUCUCGAGGAGAGGGUAAGCCCACGUCUUCUAUGUUAGAAAUGGGUGGGAUACUUAGAGGGAGAGAGAGAGACUCUAAGAGAAGGAAGUGGGAGGGAGGUAGAAGAAGAAGGCGUUUGGAGACGGCACCGGCAAAGAGUCGUGCACGACCGGCGACUGCGAGACCGGCGAGGUGGGUUCUCAAGAAAGCAACUCAGGCUGAGCGCCAAGCAUGGGUUCUCAAGAAGGCUCCGCGCCGGCGGUCGUGGUUCGAUGCUAGGCACAGAGAACGUUGCGGUGGCUCUUCGCACCAUCGGCGGGCGGGCUCGGGGCUUGACGAAGAGGAGGCAUCGGGAAGAACAAAGAGCACCCGGCUCCUUUCCUCCGGAACUGGUGGCGCUCUUCUCCGGCGUUGGACGACGGACAACCUUCCCCUUCUCUUCUCUGGCGCUGGACAACGGACAACCUUAUCCUCCAGUGUGGUUGGCCGGUCUUCCACGGGAGCUGCAAGUAAAGGUUCUAUCUAUUGUGGCAGCUGCCUUCUUGAGUUUGUUCCAUAGUUGAUUUUUCAGCUUCCCAAGCAAUAUAUAUAUAUUAUACAUUAUUAUUUUAGAGUUGAUUUUUGAGUUUCCUUAUUCUAUAUGUCUGCAUGCAUGUUUAGCAGUUAGCUUGUGCAGGAAUCUUUGUGUACGUGUGUUUUUGAGAAAAAGCAUAUAACUAUUAUUUGGAUCUUUUCAUUUGUAUAUUUCAGUACACAUAGUUGUCUACUUGUUUCUACAUCAA